GUUCGCUUUGCACGUAAGAUCACGUACUGCUUCCACUAACGCUCUGUUUCUCGCAACGGUCGCUCUAAAACCUCUUUUUGGAGCUGAAUUCGUCGUGCGCUUUCGCGACUCAUCACCUACUUGUCUAUCACAUACAGCCUAUUCAACAUACGCCAGCAACCACUGAAAUGGCAUCAGAUCAAGACAUCUAUAAGCUUCUGGGUCUCUCUCGCAAUGCCGACCAAGCACAAAUCAAAAAAGCCUUCCAUGCCGCCUGCCUCAAAAAUCACCCCGACAAGAACAAGCGCGAGAGCGCCAAUUCGACUAUGCAAGCAAUCAACGCCGCCUACGAGGUCCUCGGCGACCCCAAGAAGAAGGACGACUACGAUCGUAAGCACCCGGAAAUGCAACCAUCUGGAGCUCCAAGACGCAUCCUCCACCCAGGUCUCGGCCUGCACAACCUGCCCCUCGACCAUCACAGAGCAAUCGCAGGGCAGAAAAGCCUUUACCGUGUCUCAUCUGCGGGAAGACACACCAGGGAGAGUGCGCUCCUACCCCUUGUUGCUGGCAGUACGGUGCCUAUGAGUCUGCUCGCCCUGCGCCAUCUCAUCUGCACAUGUCAUGCAAGAGCUGCUACUGGUGUUCCGAGUGCGUGAACAAGACCUUCGAGGCCGACCAUCACACAGCCCGACCUCGCCGCAUCGCAGUGACCGAGCGCUCAGCUUACCGCCCCUACGACAUCGACGUCUCCUUCAAUGAAGUCAAGCAUAUGUUACGCCCGGACAUCCGCGCUGACUGCGAGCGCUUGAGACUUCUUGCCUGCCAGUGGUGCGGCUCCAGUGAAAGUCUCCUGAAUGUCUGUCGCGACCACAUCU